ACGAAACGCUAGUUUCUUCGUGGAGAAAAUUCUGUUGUUGUCAUCUGUGUUUUCCUUGUGAAGUUGAAGUUAAUUCUGAAGAAUCGUCCUUGUGUUGUGUUAUUUCCUGUUGCUUUAUGAACCGCAGUCUUCUCUGAUCCAUCUAAUGCGUUUGUAUUUCUUGGCGGUUAUUGAUUGCGUCUUUGGUCCCUCACUCCCACCCACAGACACGAAGACACACACACACUAAAUUUAAUUGUCAUCUAUUUUAAUGUUAUCCUGAGUUUCCCGGAUGUCAAUGAUGUUUUUUCCGGGUUAAAAAUUCUGAUGGUUUCGUGUAUCAAUGAGGUCAACGUUCACAUCUCAAUUCUUGAGUCAGAGAUUACCUUUACUUAUCCGUGGAGCCUUAAGCGCCUCUUUCUUAAUGGAGGUUGCGGUUUCCUUCCUGCCCACGCGCGAUGUUGGGAAAAGGGCCAGUGGGCCACUUCCAGUUAUACUGAAACGGUUUAUAAAUAACGUUAAGCUACAGAUGAUAUAAGGCUGCUGGUUAUGUGUUCAAACGUUGUUCUGUCUCUUAUAGUCAGAUCUCCGGUCGUGCGAACCAAACGUUCCUGUUGUUCAAGGGGCCAUCAUCCUUCACCAGUUGAGUUUUAUGCUGUUGCUGCAACAGUUUAGACUGAUUGAGACAAAUGUCCCACCGCAAGUACUGGUUUCUCUGUUCUCAAGAGCAAGAAAGUUUCUCUUUUAUCAGGACAAGUUGUAAAAUUAUACCUGAUUUGCCUGGAAUUGCUACAUGUGAACUCAUCAAAUCUAGGAUCAUGCAUCCCGUUUUUGUUUGUCUUGUCCUGAUCACUCAGAAAAUUCUGAAACAUGGUUCUUAGUUCCUUUCUACUGUCCAAUUAUGUGGGAAUCUGGAAUUCAUCGUCUUAGGAUUCCAUGAGAUUCCAAGUAUCACUAUUUUGAAGCAUGCCCCACUUAUGACCCAGCAACUGGUUUACUGCAGAAGUGGAAGAGCAGUAGGGAGAUACAGUGCGACCUUGCUCAAGUACCCUACAGCUUUUGCCCAACAUGUUCUCCUCAGAUGAGGAGGAUGAUGUUAUCCUGGAGAAGGUGUCAAACUACUAUUUUGUUGAUGAGACUGAUCAGCCAAUCUCAUUUACUGUCUUGCCUUUUCAAACGAGCACCAGUGAAUUGAGAGGACACUUAGAUAAAAGAAUUUUCAUGUGUGGGGAUGUGGUGAGCACCAAUUCAAAGAUGUAUGAGCCAGUUGCUGCUUGGAAAUUGGAGCUCUCAGAUUUGAAGCCUACCGUCUGUGCUCUGACCUCUAAAAGAGAAUGGAUCGAGAUGUUUAAACCAUGCCCAGCCUAUGAGGAAACCAUAAGGGGAAUCAUGGUCACUGUUCAUUGUCUUCAUUUUGCUUAUACAAAUCCUGGAGCUGCAGGGACAGAUCUGUGGCCAUAUUUGAGGAAAAAAUUAAUUGAUGAAACACUGGCAAAAUCAAAGGUGAUACAGACAAUAACUGGAGAAGUUCCUGAAAGGUGGAGAUUUCCAACUGAGGGCAUGAAUGAAGUUCCCAAGGAAGCAGAUGGAAAUUUAUAUGAUUUAGAAGAUGGGAUGGACUCAUUUGAUCAUGUUUGUGCAAUUUGUGACAAUGGUGGUGAAAUCUUAUGCUGUGAAGGACCCUGCUUGAGGUCAUUUCAUCCAACUGUUGAAGCAGGUUCUGAUUCGUAUUGCAUAACACUUGGACUGUCCAAUGAUCAAGUGAAGGAUACUCAAAACUUUUUCUGCUCAAAUUGUCAGCACAAGAAACAUCAGUGCUUUGCCUGUGGCUUGUUGGGACAUUCAGAUAAAUCAGCAAACCCGGAGGUUUUCUCUUGUGCAAGUGCAAUAUGUGGUCAUUUUUAUCAUCCAAAGUGUGUUGUGCAAUUGCUGUACCCAGAGGGUGGUAAUGAAGCAUUAGUGCAUAAAAAGAGGAUUGCUGCUGGAGAGCCCUUUAUAUGUCCUAUUCACAAAUGCAUUGUUUGUAAGCGAGGAGAAAAUAAAGAUGACAACGAUUUGCAGUUUGCAAUUUGCAGGCGAUGUCCCAAAGUAUACCACAGGAAGUGCUUGCCAAGAAAAAUUUCUUUUGAGGAGACAGAAGAGAUGGCUCAGAGAGCAUGGAAUGGCCUGAUCCCAAAUAGAAUCUUAAUUUACUGCUUGAACCAUGAGAUUGAUCGAGAAUUGGGAACUCCCACAAGAGAUCAUAUCAUAUUUCCUAAGGCCCCAGGAAAGAAAGUUCUUCCAAUCUUACAUGAGAAGAAGAUGAAAAAUACAAUAUUGCAACAAGCAAAGGUGGCUUCUCAAGAUUUCGUUGAAGAAGAAAUGGACUCCGCACAUCAAACACAAAAUAAAGCUGGUUUAACUUUAAAAGGAACAAAACCUUCUAUAAGAAAUGGGAACAUCGCAUGGAAAAAUGUUGCUGAAUGGUCCAAACCAGAAUUUUCUUCAGGUAUGGCAAGCUCAUUGAAGGACAUUAGGAUCACUAAAUCAAAAUAUAUGGCUGAAAGUCCGAAGAAGUACAAAGUACAUGAGAAUAGAUUGAUGAUGAGAUCAAAUUGCUUGCAUACCCCUUCUGUCAAGAAAUCAAUCAGCUCACAACCUCUUGUUGAUAGUGGAACAGAAAAAAGAAUAAUGACAUUGGUGCAGCAUGUGAAGUCCUCUUUAACAUUGGAAGACAUAAUAAAAGGGGAGAUGGUGACUUCCAAUUACUCCCACAAUUCCAGACAAGGCAGAAUCACCUUUGGGAGAGUGGAAGCAUCAGUUGAGGCUGUUAAGAUAGCAUGGAAGAAGCUAGAAGAAGGAUGCAGCAUUGAGGCUGCAAAAUCUUUUUGUGAGCCUUGGAUGCUUAAUGAAAUGAUGAAGUGGAAGAAGAAGCUAAAUAUCUAUCUUGCACCUUUUCUAUAUGGCCCACGCUACACUUCAUUUGGGCGUCAUUUUACAUCGAUACCAAAGCUUAAAGAGAUAGUGGACAUGCUUCAUUGGUAUGUUGCAAGUGGUGACACGAUUGUUGACUUCAGCUGUGGAUCUAAUGACUUCAGCUGGUUGUUGAAGACUAGACUGGAACAGACUGGGAAGAAGUGCUUUUAUAAGAACUAUGAUAUAUUUCACCCAAAGAUUAAUUUUGAGUUUGAACGGAGGGACUGGAUGAGUGUGUCCAAGGAAGAAUUGCCACCAGGAAAUGGUCUGAUCAUGGGACUUAAUCCUCCUUUUGGAGUUAGGGCAUCUCAUGCAAACAGAUUCAUCAACAAAGCACUUAGCUUUGACCCCAAGCUUCUAGUGCUUAUUGUUCCUCCUGAAACAGAAAGGUUGAAUGAGAAGAGGUACCCAUAUGAUCUCGUCUGGGAGGAUGCUGAAAAAUUAAAAGGAAAGGCCUUUUACCUACCGGGAUCACUUGAUCAGGAGGACAAGGAGCUUGCCCAGUGGAAUAUUGUACCACCAGUCCUUUACCUGUGGAGUCGUCCUGAUUGGACGGAUCAUCACCGGACCAUAGCAAUACAGCAGGGACAUACAACUGAACGUGAAAUUGCAUCUAAGGAAAGAGGCAAACCAAUGAAAGUGAUAAAGAAACAGAAGGUGCAACCAGCAGUGCUCGGUGUGGUGUCAAAAAGCGAGAUCUCAAUAAUAGGCAAUCAGAAUAGGCCCCACAGUACUACUCAUGCUUGCACAAGCACAGGAUCUGGAGGACUGCACGUCUCUGCAUCUGCUGGAGAUUGGUACUCCUACUCUCAGAAGGGUGGCAUGCCUGAAACAGGAAAUCAAGAUUGUGCUUCCAAUAGUGGUCAUGGCUAUUCUACGCAUGGGGAGACGCAGGUUCAACUUCCAACAUUAGUGAAUGACAACAUUCCAGAGACUUUUACAUCAACCAGCAAAGUUUAUUCUAGUCAUUAUGGUCUUAUGCAUGCAUCAGGUUUUGAUGCUACAAUGCAGCCCAGUCCCUAUGGGCAACACACUGCUUAUGGCUCCUCCUGUCAAUUUGAUGCUACAUUGCAUCCCAGUUCCUAUCCCUAUGAGCAAUACGCUGCGUAUGGCUUCUCCCAUCAAAGCGGAUCAGACUCUUCAUUUGGCAUGUCAGAUGCUGCAGCAGGACAUGGAUAUGCGGGGUUAACUGCUUCUGCUCCACAAGGGUAUGCACCACAUCCAUUUUAUCAAGCAUCACCGUCAGCCACAAGUGGUGCCUUUGAUCAAGUGAGUCGGCCUUGGCCUGGAAGUAGUUACAAUGGGAGCAUGCUGAGCUACCCUGUUCAAAUGCCGCCUUACUCCGUGCAGCAGGAGCAAUUAAAUCCCCAAGUAGCAACGGCCACUGAAGACUUGAUGAACUCUUCGAUGUCGCAUCACAAGGGUUAGGGCACUAGAGUGUUCAUACCAAAAAGGUAGGUUGUAUGCUUCACACGAGAGAUGGUCAGUUUCAUAAUUUUUCUGAUAGUGUUAACGUGGUCGCUCCUGCCCCAAGUUGAUACUCGUUACUCUGGGUUCCCAGCAACUUCAAUGCACAGAGCAAUAGAUA